UCCACUCACCGCGAGGUGUGUGUGUGUGUGUGCUCCAGCCUCCCGACAAGUUUUAGCCUGGAAAUAACGUCCCGUGACUCUGGGAUAAAGGCGAGUUUAGACAGGGGAUAGUUUCGCGUGUGAAGGGAUGUUGCGGGGAAGAUAAAAGUACGUAUUCGCCCCCCAGAGCAGAGCAACGGUCUCUGAGUGAAAACGCCGCUCGUGCGCCUUGUUGUCCCGGAGGAGCAUUUUUUUUUUUUUUUUUGUUUGGGGUUAACCUCCCUCUCUUGUGAAUGCGACCACUGGCGGGCUUUCCUUCAGCCCCGAGAACAAUUGAAAAAUCACCGCCAAAUACUUUGCGUGUGUCGCGUUUGAGAGUGCCGGGCGAAGCUGUGAUGAGGAGGGAAUUUAACAGCGGAGACAGCGAAAGCUAAUCUCGUCUCACCACCAGCCGAGGACGGUGGUCAUCGACCGCAGCCCCCACCACCAAACCUCCUCCCCCCCCAGUCUCGUCUUUAUUCCCCGCGCUCCUCUCUCCCGCCGCUCAUUUUCCCUCGUCAUCCUCCCGUUUGCCUAUUCAUGUGAUUUCUUUUAUCUCAUUUGUCCCUUUCCUUCCUGAUCUACCUCUUCACGCGCACACACCCCCUUCCUUCCCUCCCUCCCAUCCCAUCCCUCCCUCCCUCCCCCCCCUUCCGUCUCCCUCCCCCCGCCCCUCCCUCUCCGCUUCUCUGGCAGGCUGCUCAUUGCAGUGAGUCAGUAUCAUGGAGGCAGGCAGCGGGGCUGCCGCAGCGGUGGGGAGUGCAGCACUGGGACUGCUGGGAGCCACGGCCACGUCCAGCCAUGACAUCUUGGACAGGGGACUGAGGCCUGGACGUCACCUGGAGGACGACGAUAUUGUGCCUGAGCUGGCUCACAUCCACCCCAGAGAGAGACCCGACUGGGAGGAGACCAUUAGUGCCAUGGCAAGGAGUGCUGAGAUUCCUGAGCUGAGGGCCGAGCCCCUCAUGCGCUCAAGCAGCAGCAGCACGGCCAGCAUGAAGGUCAAGAAUGUCAAGAAGCUUUCCUUCACCAAGGGCCACUUCCCAAAACUGGCUGAGUGCGCUCACUUCCACUAUGAAAACGUGGACUUUGGCACGAUUCAGUUGUCCCUCGGGGAUGAACAGUGUGAAGUGACGCGGAACGGCUACGAGUCCAAGGAGUUGGUGUAUUUAGUUCACAUUUACUGCCAGGGUCGGAGCUGGAUUGUGAAGCGCAGCUAUGAAGAUUUCCGUGUCCUGGACAAGCACCUGCACCUCUGCAUCUAUGACCGACGCUUCUCACAACUGCCUGAGCUGCCUCGGUUGGAGAGUCUGACUGAUCAGUCAGAGUCAGUUUCCCAGAUGUUGUUGGCUUACCUCUCUCGGCUCUCAGCUAUUGCUGACAACAAGAUCAACUGUGGGCCUGCCCUCACAUGGAUGGAGGUUGACAACAAGGGAAAUCAUCUGCUGGUUCAUGAAGAGUCAUCCAUCAACGUGCCAGCUAUUGCUGCUGCUCAUGUCAUCAAGCGCUACAUAGCCCAGGCCUCAGAUGAGCUGUCAUUUGAGGUUGGCGAUAUUGUGUCAGUGAUUGACAUGCCCCCUAAAGAAGACACCACAUGGUGGAGGGGCAAGCAUGGCUUUCAGGUUGGCUUCUUUCCCAGCGAGUGUGUGGAGCUCAUAAACGACAAAGUGCCGCAGUCCAUGACCAACUCUGUGCCAAAGCCAGCCUCCCCCUGCUCUGGGCUGCAGCCUGCUUCUUGGAGCCUCUUCCCCCCCUACUUGGAGAUGGAGAGUGUAAUACAGGACAGUGCAUGGGUGGCCGACCCGCUAAACCACUACAGCCUAAGUUCAGUAUCUAAGAAGCACGGGAAGCUGAUCACCUUCUUACGCACCUUCAUGAAGUCCAGGCCGACCAAGCAGAAGCUGAAGCAGAGAGGCAUCCUGCGGGAGAGGGUGUUCGGCUGUGACCUGGGAGAACACCUCCUCAACUCAGGACAUGAUGUGCCCCAGGUCCUCAAGAGUUGCACCGAGUUCAUCGAGAAGCACGGCGUGGUGGACGGCAUUUACCGCCUCUCUGGAAUCGCCUCAAACAUCCAGAAGUUGCGGCACGAGUUCGACUCAGAGCAGAUACCCGACUUGACCAAAGAUGUUUACAUCCAGGACAUCCACUGUGUUGGCUCCCUGUGUAAGCUGUACUUCAGAGAGCUGCCCAACCCCCUCCUCACCUACCAGCUGUACGAGAAAUUCUCGGAGGCUGUAUCGGCAGCGACGGACGAAGAGCGACUCAUCAAAAUCCAUGACGUCAUCCAGCAGCUUCCUCCGCCGCAUUACAGGACGCUGGAGUUCCUCAUGAGGCACCUUUCCCGUCUGGCAGCAUUCAGCUAUAUCACCAACAUGCACAGCAAGAAUCUGGCCAUCGUCUGGGCGCCCAACCUGCUCAGAUCGAAACAGAUUGAAUCUGCGUGCUUCAGCGGCACAGCAGCCUUCAUGGAAGUCCGAAUCCAGUCGGUUGUGGUGGAGUUCAUCCUGAACCACGUCGAUGUGCUCUUCAGCUCUAAACUCAGCUCGCUAAUAAGAGAAGGAGCAGGCCACAACUCUUUGUCGCGGCCCAAGUCCCUGCUGGUUUCGUCACCCUCCACAAAACUUCUGAGUCUGGAGGAGGCGCAGGCCAGGACGCAGGCUCAAAUCAACUCUCCCGUCACCGAAGACAGCAAAUACAUCGAGGUGGGAGAGGGUCCAGCUGCCCUCCAGGGCAAGUUCCACACCGUCAUUGAGUUUCCCACUGAAAGAAAGAGGCCUCCUGUUAAAUCCAAGAAGUCUCCGGUGGGUAGUUGGCGUUCUUUCUUCAACUUGGGGAAGUCCUCCUCCAUGUCCAAGCGAAAACUGCACCGCAACCCCAGCGAGCCCAAUGAGCUGAAGGCCAUGGCUCUCGCCGGAGGCAGAGGAGACACAGCAACGUUAAGGUCAGCCAAAAGUGAAGAGUCACUGAGUUCCCUGCACAAUGUUGAAGGGGAGUCCAAAGUAUAUCGUCCUCGGCGACCGCGCUCAAGCAGCGAUGCUCUGUCAGCCUCCUUUAACGGUGAGCUCCUGGAAAGCCGGCAGCACUGCAACUCCUACGAUAACCUCGACGCCACAGAGGACAGCGACGGAGACGACGGGCCCAUCUGUGUUCCUGCCCUCAUCUCACCUCCCCGCUCAGCAGGGGAAGAUGUGGACCUCAGCCCUCCAGACAUUGGCAUGGCCUCCUUGGACUUCGACCCCAUGUCUUUCCAGUGCAGUCUCCCUGAUACCUCGUAUGCCUUCCCCCUGGAUGACUCGCCUGCCGGCGCUGAGGGCCCCACGUUAAAGAGGAGCCCCGGCAGCGUCUGCGGCAAGGCCAACGGCUCUGACUUCAUCUCUGCCUCCUUCUUGGGCAGCCUGACCUCGCCGUUGUUGUCCGCGGACUACAACCGUGCUGGAGAGAAGGUGGAAAGCAAGAAAAUGACCACUUCCUAUUCUUACACUGAUAAGCCCACACAGGCUGUGUCACCCAUUAAAUGUGGAAAGGCUGCCAGUUUGACACCUUUUGUCACUUCGGAGCUUUUCUCUGCAGAAACGCCUGACAAGAAUACAGCUGGACAGGCUGUCUCGCAGCCAUUAUCUCCUCCCUCGAUACCCAAGGACACUCCUCCCCUGAUGGGCAGCGUGCUGCUGAGGGCAGCUGAGCCAUCUCUUAGUGAAGCUUUUCAAAUGGAACUGCACUCUAAGCUGGCAGCCUUUGACAGUGCGGACAGUCAAGAGCUGAAGAGAGAGGACAGUGUGCAGCAGGGACCAUCUGCCAGCAGUCAAGACCACCAAGGAGUCGUAGCUUCGGACUCUUCAAAGGACCUCACCCCUCGUUCCCUCAUCUCCACAGUGUCCACCUCUUCCCUUCCUCCCCCUCCACCCCCUAAAAAUGCUGCCCGCAUGUUGGCCCUGGCCCUCGCUGAGUCUGCCCAGCAGGUCUCCAGUCAGUCCCAGCCCUGGUCCUCUGAGCCCCCCACACCUCUGCAGGCACAAGAAGCCUCUCACUUCCAGGAUUUUCCGCAUCCUGUGACCCCGCAUUUCCAGAGUUCCUCUGAGGACGGAGCAGGGAGAGGAAGUCCCCCGCCACCAAAUACCACUACUACAACCGUCAUCACAGCUUCUUCUUAUCAAGCUACUUCCAGUCCUGCGAUCAGACAGCAGCCCCUAGAAUUAACCGGCAUGAUCUGUAAGUCAUCAGACGGUGCCAAGGCCUCGACAAUUCAAUCUGGGAUACAGACAGAAAAAGGCUCCACCCCACCAGACACGCCACUUUACAAGAGCGCCCCACUCUCUAGUUCAACCAAACUGACUUCUCCAACCAGGAAAAGUCCAGAGAGGCAGCACCCUGUCACGGGACAGGUUCCCGUUCAGACAAGCUCAUCCAGUACCACUCCAGCCUCCACCCCAAGUGAUGGCUGCAAAGGCACUGGAAUCAUACCACAACCUGUUCUUGAGGUCAAAUCAGAAGAGACCGCACCACCCCCAGUCCAUCCCAAAUCAUCGGAGCAGCCGCUUCCCAUAGUUCAGAAGCCCAAAAGGCAGGCCGUUUCAUUGCCCCAGCACCAAACACAAACUCAGCGGAGCCAAGCUCAGAUACAUCUUCCGACACAGCCUGCACCGGAGACACAGCCUCAUCCACUGACUCAACCUCACGUCCAAUCCCAGCCGCAGUCCCAGCCUCAUCCCCACCACUCGAAGGCCAGCGCAAGAGUGGCCCCCACCUCUGCUGAGCCGGUGGAGAAGCCCUGGGAAGCCAUUAAGCCGGUACAACCUUGUACUGAGUCAGCAAAGUGUCACGAAUCCCAUGGGCCCAAACCUCCAGCCCCUCCUGUCCGCACCAUGGAAAGCAAACUGGCCACAGCUGCACUCAGCCAAAGUGAAGCCUCCUACCAUAUCCUGGGUGAAGGUCCUCUGCCUGGACAUCUGGAGGACGCUCUCCCUCAUUCUCUUUCUCCUCGGAAAUCUUCCAUGCACCAGCCAGCCUACUUGUAUCACGCUAAAGGAGAACCUGUCUUAAUUGAACCUCCGGGAGCUGCAUACUACCACCAGAGACCUGUUCUUGUGGGCCCACAGUCCAUUCCCCACCACUACCGGCCAGACAGCGUCCCCCCACACUCCUACGUGUCCAAGUCUGAGCCACAGAUACCUUACAGUGCCCGAGUCGACAACAGGUACAGCACUUUAGGCCCCAGGUCGUACCAUCACUCCAUCAAGUCUAGAGGAAACCCCCGCAGUGUGUAUGUAACUCCUGGGCCAGGGCAUCAGGGGUAUAGCCACGACAGAACCCACGGCUAUCCCACCAUCCGCAGAGUGCAUUCCCUCCAUGUCCCUUCCACUAUUCGCUCUGUACCCAUCCAAAGGACGGAAGUACCUCCAGACGACGACAUGUUCUUCUACCACCGACCUGUGUAUCAGUGCAAAGCCUACCAGCAGCCUCCGCAGCAGUCCUCACAAGCCGACUACCACGUCACCCAGCUGCAGCCUUACUUUGAGAACGGACGUGUCCAGUAUCGCUACAGUCCGUACUCUGGUUCAAGCCCUUUGGAGGCACCGUUCUACGACAUUGACCCUUACGGCACGAUCAGAGUCCGGCACAUUCACUCCUACGCCGGCCGAGAUCCCGGAGCCAUCGCUGGACGACCGGGGGGAAAAGCUGCGGGAUACCACUACCUCGCAAGGCACGUUCUCCCACCUGGGAAGGAGCACAGCUUUGUGAGCAGGGACAUGCCCCCUAGUCACGGGGCCAAGGAUGCUGCUGCUUACCUCGCUUGGGAUGCAGAGGAGUCAGAACGGCUCCGCAUGCACUCCAUCCGCAGGGAGAGCAGGGCCAGACUGAAGAUUAAAGGCCCCGUCCUCUCUCAGUAUGACAACGUCGGCUUGUUCACUCCAGCCGACAUGUCAGGCUAUGAAACUCUGCACCUGCGUAGUAAAUCUGACCCUGGCAAAGCUGUGCUGGUAGCAGCCGAGGGCAAGGAGGGACAUUACCUUUCCAGACACAUGGUGUCAGACCCUGACGUUCUCAUGUACAUGGAAACUGACAAGCAUGUCCAGGGCAGCACAGUGGGCGACCAAUUGGAUGGGCUUUCUAAGCAGAGCAGUUCCAAGAAAUGCCAAUCUUCUCACUCCAUUCCUGCUACUCUGAGCCACAAUCUCUCCCAUCAGCAGGAGAGCAGCCGACAUGAGGCCAAGUAUGAGACGGGAGACGACAAGCUCGGUGGAGACAGCAGCAGGUCUAAACACUGGCAGCAGGAGUAUCCCAACAAGAAGAAUUUUCAACCGCGUUACGAGGGCCCCGAUUCUGACCACCACCAGAGUAAAGUAAAGACAUCAAGCAGCUACCACGGUGCUGACGACCAGCCACCCGCCCCCAGGGAACAGAUCGCCCGCUCCAAACCAGAGCGAUCACACAGCGUCCGAGAGCAGCAGCACUACAGCCAGAGCAAACCAGACCUAGACAGAGACUACACCCAUCAGAAACACAGCACUAAACCAGUACAGUCCCACUACGAUAACUUGGACGAUUACCACCCAGUACCUCAGCCUCAGGCCCCUGUUCAAAAACGUGGAGGCUCCGGCUCCUACCCAGCCCCAGGAUUCACAGUGAACAACAGAGCGUACUCCACAGCACUGGGCCAGGGAGCCUACAUCCAGACUGAGCUGGCCAUGCAGAGGCCAGAGACAGAGAUACGUACAGAAUGAGGCAUUUUGGGGGUGGACGGGUAUCUUUAGCUGUAUAGAAGAAAGACUCUGUUGAGCUUUGGUUAAGCAGCCUCUGCAGGACAGUGGACUGUUGUAUCAUCAAUAUUUUUGCUUCUCUGUAUUUUUAAUGAAUUGUAAAGAAUAUUGUAAGACUUUUUACAGAAAGUCCUGAAUGUACCUGAAGUCAUUGUCCAUGAGGUCAUGUUAUUGUGAUUGAUUGAGACAUUACCGAGUCAUAAAUGUAAAUGAAGUGAAAGACAUGAGGUACUUUUAACAGGAACCAACAAAAUGUAAAAUAUAUAUACAAAAUAUAUAUAUAUAUACAAAUAGAAUCACUAGAAAAAGGGAUUUUUAGUUGUAUUUGUUUUUGUUAGGCGGGGCGCUGGGUACGAGCAUCAGCUGGGACUAAGGUUUGCAUUUUAGAAAUGCAUGCACUCUCUAUCUAACAGAACAGCUCUGUGUACAUCUCUAUCCAUUGUGUUUUUCCUGGAUGUUACAGCACAAGAAUACAGGAGGACACAUGUAGAACAUCACACCCUCCUCCUGCUAAUGCAUACAUGAGAAGGCAGCGGUACAGUGUGUUUGAUAAGGAGCUGCAGUGGGUAACUUUUAGUUAAUAUAGUGGUCAUCAGUAUGUUCUUUUGUCUGUGACCGUGCCAUUUUUAUGUAACUUUGCUAUGAACGGAUUGCAGUGACUUCUCAUGGAAUGUUUUGGUACGUGUCUGAUCUUCAUUGGAAGAGGGACCAAAUGACUUGGCACAGCUCUUGCACAUACGGAGUAACGAUAGAAAGGUGGAUGAAUGCCUGUUGUAGAGUCAGAAGUGUAACAGGUUAUUUUUAUUUCUUUUUAUACAUCAAAUCCAUGGUAUUUUCAUAAACGGGACUAACUGAAUAAAGCUGAAAACUACGUGGUCUACAAAAAAUGUGGUGAAGAACAUGUUGCCGCUGCUUUGUUGAAAAGACAUCUCGGUGAUAAGCCUUAAAUUUUGUUCCUGCAGACCAUAUUUUGUUUACUGUCAUUGUUCAUUGUCAUCAUGCACAAACAUUGUCUAGGUUUCACCUUUGAUGAUUCAUGACCGUUUUGGAUGGCCUCUUUGGUUUUAUGAGUUUAAAUUAAUUAGGGAGGGGAAUCUUUGACAAAAUCUUUUGUCAAAGAUAUCUGGGGUCUUUUUUUUCCAGGCUGGAAAUAAAUGCAUAGUACAAUAAUCUGGUAUUAUACUACAUGCCCUGUCUGGGUCGUAAUGAAUGGAUUACACUAUGUUUAAAUCCAGGUUGUACUCUGUAACUGUUGAAUUCUAUAUCGCUUGCAGGUUUUGCUCCUCUUGCCUUAUCUAAAGCCUCUUCCCUUUCAGAUGGGGCAUUGAAGUAAGGCACUGUGAACUUGAAUGUGAAAACACUCUUGUCUCAAACUAGAGGUAUCUAAAGUCGGAUAUGAAAUAAAACUGUUCAGGAAUA